AUGAAAUUCCGGUUCGCCUUAUUGGUCGGGUUACUACUCGCCGCAUCCAUCCAGGCAGAUUUAGUAGAUGAUUCUUCUUCCUCCACCACCACUGAGCUUCCAACCACACCACCAGCCACCUCCACAGCUACCCCACCAGAAACUUCCCCACCCACCUCCACAGCCACAGCACCGGCCGAUGGGACCACAGCCACCCCAGUGACAACCGACACCCCACCUACUGAUGCCUCUACAGCUUCCCCGGGAUCCACUGUAUCCCCAGGAAGCACCGCAUCUCCAGGAACCGGAACUACAGUACCCCCAGUCACUGGUGGAUCUGAUGCAACAACUGUUCCGGUUACUGUAGGUGGAUCCACCGUUUCCUCGGGACCAACCACUACUGGUCCACUUCCAAAUGUCACCUACAGUCUUGUUCAAUUCGGCUUGCCAGUCUGCGUGGACGCUACUUGUACCUAUGAAAUCCAAGCACCUACCAACAAUCAAGCAGUCCUUGCCACUGACCAAUCUCUUGUUAGCGAUGAACGCUCUCAAUUCGCUGGUCUCCAAGUCCAAGCAGAUGAGAAAGAUUCAAGAGUCAAGCAGGCCAAUGACGAUGCUGCUGCGAAAAUUGCGACUCUUCAGAAGUUGAUGGACUCAAUUCAGAGCCAAUUGGAUUCAAUCAAAUCCAAUAUUGUCGUCAUUCAAAACCAACAAAACGAUGCAUCGGCCACGAUGAGUUUGGUUGAGAAUUUCAUCACCGAUAUCGGUAAAUCACAGGACAAUUGCUUGUAUCAGAGAUGUUUGAAGCCAACAACACCAGCACCACCAACCACCACUCCAACACCAGCUCCAACAACCACUCCAAGUCCUUGUCUUACUUUCGACUGCCCAGAUGCUACGGCCGACCAACCAAAAUGCACUCUGGACAACUCGAACAAGCCGUUCUGCAACUAUUGCCCAGGAAAUAUGGACGGAUACACUCGCUGCCAAACAGUUGCCUGCACCUCUGGAACUCUUUUCCACGUAGAUUCUAGCGGUAACGGAACCUGGUAUUCCGCGGGGUAUAAUCCAACUUCCCCAGGGAACUCAACAGUUCCAGCCAAUGCAAAUUGUGUCUAUAAUCUCAAGGGAAAAUUCCAAACCGAUAAUACAAUGAGUUUGGCAUGUCUUACUUCUACAAAAGUCACACUAACAUUUUCUUCAUCCGAUGGAGGUUACUCGCAAAUCGUUAACAGUGGGACAUCACUCAGAUCACUAAAUAGCUUAUUGGGCAAGAUUCCCGACGGAACAAUCACUUUGACAUCUACAGCAUCUGAUCAAUCAUUCUGUGUAAUUCCAUUAAUCCAAGUUCCCAGUAGUGCAAUGCUGGAUGAGAUUCCAGAAAAGAAGAACGGAUUUUUCUCCUGGUUGAUGGGAUAUUGA